AUGGCUGCUCGCACUUUGCAACCCUCAGAAUAUGACAUUCAACGGGAAGUAGAGGCACUAAGAGAUAUCAGGCGGCGUUCGAGUAACCCAGGUGCACUCGCUAUUGAUCCUGACCUGCCCAAUCAAUCUCCACCCUCUUCGCCCACUUCUACUUAUUGGUCCGGCAAGUCUGCUGCCUCCACUUCUGGGAGUAAGGAUGGAGAUUUCCCCGCUACCUCCAACGAUGCUAGGUCCCCCGUUGAUCUCAUAGGCCAUCGCGAUGAUGCCAGUCGUACGAGUGACACCGCCAACCCCAAUAACCCAGCGGAUGAUCCUUUCCACCUCUUCUGGGUUCCAGCCGGUCUUCACCCCGAGAUAGCACCUGCAGAGUUCCGCGCUUUUUUAAAGGAGCAUGCUCGUUCCCCUCCCCCGUCGGACGAUGAUGCCCUAGAACGGAGCAACUCCAUGUCUUCUUCCCUUUCCUCGAGAUCAAGCCUAAAUAGGAAGCGAUCGAUGUUGAGUCGACAAUAUCGACCUCAGGAAAAUGACGGGGUUGAGGAAGAGAAUGUCGUUCCUCUCAAACGGACCCGUAGUCGCUAUGUUACCCACCAAGGGCCCCCGCUGACCAUCAAUGAUUUGCAAAGAUUGGAAGAACUAGCGGAAGAGGCUACGGAUAGUGACGAUCCUUCCAAGCUGAGAAGCGUUCUAAGGAGGAGCUUAAGUCUCAAUCUGUCCCCCUCUGCUAUCGAACACAUGGAUGAGAUGCCCGACAUGGGUGAUGAAGCCGAUAUUCCCAUCAUUGUUCCCCCACCCGGUCAAAUCCUACGUCGCGCUGCUCGCACUAAAAUUCGCAAACCUGGUUUGCCGGGAGAUGGUGGAGGCCAUCGCUUUGGGGCCAGCCGACGUGGGGCCCCUUCCAAGUCUGGAACAGAGCAUCGAACAUCAAGUGAAUUAUCCUCCAGUGAUCAUGGUGAAUUGGAAUCGGCUAUAUCUGACCGUCGCAGAACUGUCUCCGACGAUGGAUACCACACCAACGGAAGGCCAGAUUCAUUCAGUGAGGAAGCAUCGAUCUUCGACGCGUAUGCUAGGGACGAUGAAGACGAGCCUGCUCCUGUUCUGAUAACAUCUCCACCGCCAGAAACCUCUCUGCCACUUCCAACAGAAGCAAGUUCUCAGCCUGUACCAGAGGUGAAACCAGCACUGCUGGAAGCUCUUGGCCCCGUCAUACACCACCCGCAACCUCAACGUUUGGUCGUUCAACAGCCUUCGAAUGAUCCUGUGCGAAUGCCAUCUCCUUCAGAGUCUCCCAUAACUCCUCUUACCUCCUACACGCCACCCACCUUGCAUCCUACGACGAGUCCCAGUCCACCUUCCCAUCACCAACGGAAAGAAAAAGAAAAGGACAAGGGAAAAGGCAUUUUUGGAAAGUGGGGUGGAGACAAAGGAGGGAAAAAGAGUGCGAAGGAUAAGGAGCGGGAGAAUCGCGAUCGCGCGGCUGCCGAAAAAGAAAAGGAAGCGGGCUUUUUUGGCUCUCUAUUUGGUGCGAAGAAGAAACAAGAUGCAGAAUAUCAAUCCCCAAUCACAGGUGGCGCAUCUGGUAGGGAGGCAGCACAGGCGCUACUUGGGGCCUCAAAGUCAUCCAAGUCUUAUGUUCCACCAACCUCUCCUGGGUUGGCACCAGGUGUUACGAAUUCCUUUGCCAGAUAUCCGUUGCACGUCGAGAGGGCAAUAUAUCGAUUGAGCCAUAUCAAACUGGCGAAUCCAAGGCGCCCCCUCUACGAACAAGUCCUAAUCAGCAAUCUAAUGUUCUGGUAUCUGGGCGUAAUCAAUAAGGCACAGAAUCCCCAACAGACAUCGGCGCAGGCGACAACAAAUGGUUCGCCAUCGACUGACACCCAGAACGCGGAGGAGAAGCAGGAGGAAGAUAAGGAGCGGAGGGAGCGGGAACAGAGAGAGAAUGCUGAGAAGGAGCGGUUGGAGCGAGAACGUUCAGAGAAGGAACAGAGAGAGAAAGAGAUGGAGAUGAAGAAAAAAGAAUCAGGCCGGCGCGGGUCGCUGACCAAGACGCCUGUAGGGGGGGCCGGCGGCCGUAGAGCUGAGAUGCCUAUUAAAGGACCUCAGUAUGAAAUGCAGCAUCGGGUCAUGGAACAAGAAUACGGUGGCUACAACGGACAACCACAACAAGGAGGUCGACCCCCCUCUGCACCAGCCGCCGCCAUGAAUGGCCCUCCUGGACAGCAAUAUCCACGUUCGCCACAGCCAUCGCAAUACCCAAAUAACCCGCCGAAAUUGGUACCAGCACCGCAAAAAUCGCAAUACCCCGACAAUUAUUAUUACCAGUCUGAAAACCAGCAACAGAGGCCAGGGCUUCCUCCAGGUGCAAUGCCUCCUGGAAUGGUUCAAUCCUCAUCCUCUCCCCCACAAAGACGCACAUCGCCGCCAUCAUCGUCGCAUGAACGCUCACGGUCCCCCCCACAGCAGAAUAAUGUAUAUCAACAACAGCAAGGCAGACAACAACAAUACCAUAACAAUGUCUCCCAGGAAAAUCUAGGCAUGAGUGGUGGGCACAAAUCUCCCGGACGGUCUUUGUCUGCUACUGCAACCACAUCCCUUGCGCUUCCCUCUACAAAUGGCAAUAUGCGCAAGGGGAAUAGUGCUCACGCCUCCUUGCCUCAACGUCCUAGAACGAGCGAGGGAAACAAGGGGAAUGGCGAGGAGGAAGACUUACCACUGUCGGUUUGGCAACAACGACGGAAGUAAAAAGAACCUUCCUGCCGAAAAUUUACACACUUUUUUCACUUCUGGCAUUUACAUCGUUCGCUACGUACAUUGGAAUGGAUUUCCCCAGCCCUUUCGUCGUCCAUCAUUCAUCAUAAUCAUUCCCUCUGCAUUGCAUCACUUUUAUUUUACCUCGUCCUUCUUGCCUUUUCGAAAAUUUCCUUUUGUCGCUAACCACUGUCACGCAACCUCCUCCUUUUUUGCCCCCCCUGACGGACGGACUUAGUAGUUUAAAUAAUAUGAUAUCGAACGUACGAAAGCAACAGGAGUGGUCUUUUGUGCUCCGUUGGCAUUCAAUGAUCGUAACUUAGGCGAU